AUGCGUUUCCUUGGUGCAGGGCAGUUGCUUUGCUCAUUGUCACUUUCUUCCGUUGUAUUUGGUUUCCCAGAUGCAGGACACCAUGGCAACCUGGUGCACAGAGGCCUGCAUAAACGGUGUCCAUUUCCCAAUGAUCAGCCUCAGCCUAAGGUGCACCAUGACAAGCGGUUUCUGUUCUCGGACAUGAGCUCGCCUGUGGAUGUCACUGGCGAACAUGCUUUCCAGCCUCCAGACUUCGCAAAUGGUGAUCAGCGUGGUCCUUGUCCUGGACUCAACGCAUUGGCAAACCACGGCUAUAUCCCGCGGAAGGGCGUGGUAUCUUUUGGAAACGUGAUCGCUGCUAUCAACGAAGUUUAUGGCAUGGGGGUUGACCUGGCUACCAUCCUUGCCAUCAUGGGCACUGUCUGGACUGGUGAUCUCGUCUCUCUGGAUCCCAGCUUUUCCAUCGGUGGUCGCGAUCCCGGUGUCAACAAUCUUCUGGAUAACCUGGGAGGACUUUUGGGCACUCCCCUUGGUCUUGAUGGCUCCCAUAACUUCAUCGAAGCGGAUUCCUCCAAUACUCGCGACGAUCUCUACGUCACAGGAAACAGCCACACGCUGAAAAUGGACAAAUUCAUGGCUUGGUACAACAUGUCGACCGACGGCACCUUUGACAUGGAUCUCAUGGCCAAGCGAGCCAAGAACCGCUUUGAUGAGAGUGUCCAAACCAAUCCCAACUUCUACUAUGGGCCUGUGACUGGCCUCAUUGCGCGAAAUGCGGGCUAUCUCUUCUCCGCUCGCAUGUUCCGAAAUCACUCCAUCGAGAAUCCAGAGGGAGUCCUGACUAAGAGCCAUAUCCGGAACUUCUACGGCAUCUACGGCGAGGAAGGUAAUUUGACCUAUCGUGAAGGAUGGGAGAGAAUUCCUGAGAAUUGGUACAAGACUCCCGUCGACUACGGCCUUAUCCAACUCAACCUGGAUACUAUUGAAUGGAUAUUGAAGUACCCGGAGCUUGGAAGUAUUGGAGGAAACACUGGUACCGUCAACAGCUUUGCUGGUGUCGACCCCGCGGAUCUAACGGGCGGUGUUCUCAAUCUGACCAGCCUUCUGGAGGGUAACAAUUUGCUGUGCUUCGUAUCCGAGGUGCUCAAGUUUGGUAGUCCCAAUGCGCUUGACGGACUGUAUAAGAACAUUGCUGGGCCAUUGGAAUGGGUCACUAAUCUGCUUGCUGUGCCUUUGCUGAAUCUGACCUGUCCUGCAUUUGAGGAGCUUCAAAUUGGUGGCACGCCUUUCUGGGAAGCUCUCCAGAACGACUUUCCCGGGGCUUUGAAGAGCGGCAGUUCAUUUUAG